GGCGAGAUGCUGAUGCCACGACAGUUUGCGAGCUGCAAAUAAACACCCAGAAGAAGAAAUCUGAGCUGUAACCGUAGAAGAAGAAGCAACCCUGAUGCUGCCCCUGUCACAGUGCGCAAAUGCGCAUCCAACAGCAGCACGGACCUCCGGUGGACAGCGACAAAACAAACACCAGCAGGCUGGGCAACGACACGUUAGGGCGGAAGAGAAAACAGCGCUUCAGGGGAAAGACACAUCCGAAGGGGAACGUCUGUGACACGGCAGAGACCAUGGUGGGCGAACGCCGCAAUGGGAACCUGCUGGUCCAGCUGGGCCCGAGACUGCAGGCGUAUCCAGAGGAGCUGAUCCGCCAGCGCCGCAACCACGAGGGCCAGACGGAGUACCUGAUCCGCUGGUGCCUCGUCACCAUCGACGACGGCUCUAGCUCUGGAGGCGGAGCCAGUGAGGCGGGCGGAACGGGUGGCGGCAGCUCCGGGGUGGACGGCUCCGGUGGCUCCACGUCAGGAGAGAGCAAACCGGAGAACAUCCUGAUGUGGAUGUCAACGGAGGACGUGUACGCCAACUGCCCCACCCUGCUGGGGAAGAGGAAGACGGACUCACAGCGGCCCCUGCAGCAGGAGGCGCAGCAGGGCGAGUCAUCAGAUGGUGGUCAGAGGAGCGGCGCUGAGUUUCCGGCAGACGUCACAUUUGACGAGGUGGAGCUGUCAGACAUGAAGGAGGAUGUGAAGAACCUGGUACGGCGAGCCAGGAAGCAGAUGGCCAAGAAGAGCGACUUCUCCAUCAGCAUCACGCACACCAUCCAUGUGCUGAGCGCCUACGCCAGCAUCGGCUCACUGGUCGGCGUCUUCAAGGAGACGGGCGCCCUCAACCUGCUGAUGGAGCUGCUGUGUAACAAGGAGACGCAGACGAGACGCAGCGCCGGGAAGAUGCUGCGAGCGCUCGCCUCACAUGAUGCAGGAAGUCGUGCGUAUGUCCUGCUGUCCCUCAGUCAGCAGGACGGCAUCGAGCAGCACAUGGACUUUGAUAACCGCUACACUCUGCUGGAGCUGUUUGCUGAGACCACGUCGUCAGAGGAGCACGGCAUCUCCUUCGAGGGGAUUCACCUGCCGCAGAUUCCUGGGAAGCUGCUUUUCUCUCUGGUGAAGCGCUACCUGUGUGUGACGUCACUGAUGGACAAACUUAACACGGCGGGGGCGGAGUCUAACUCUGACAGACAGGAUGCCAGCCCCUCCCCCGCCUCCUCCUCCAGCGCCGCCCACCAGGCAGAGCACCUCCGCGUCCAGCGAGAGUUCGACUUCACCAUGGCCAUGGCCAACCUCAUCUCGGAGCUGGUCCGUGUGAUGGGCUGGGACCGCAACCGCCAGCCUCCCGACGGCUCCGCCCACCAUCCAGGUGGGGGCGGGGCUUGUGGGGAGGAGCUGGGGGAGGAGGCAUCCCGCCCCGUCCUCAGAUCCAUCUUCCAGCCCCGUUUCUGCGCCUCCCCUGUCGUCCUCACCGCCACCUCUGCUGUAGCCGCUCCUGCCGCCGCCACGCCACCAAAAAAGAAGACUGGAAAUGGAUAUAAAACACGCUCUGACUUCGCCAGCCGCUCGGCCUACGUGGAGUACGUCCAGGACAACCUGAAGAGCGGCAUGAUGGUCCGCAUGCUGGAGGACUACGAGGAGGUGAGCUCCGGAGACGAGGGAGAGUUCCGCUACAGCAACGACGGCUCGCCACCUGUUCAGGUGUACUGGAACUCCCUGUCCAGGACGUACUGGGUCCACUGGCACAUGGUGGAGAUCCUGGGCAGCGGCAGCAGCAGUCAGGCUGAGAAGGAGACGCAGGAGAAGGCCUCCACCCUGACGGAGACUCUCAAACUCACCGCGGUGAGUCAGACGUUCUUCUCCAAGCCGCCCGGAGGGCUGUACUCUCUGCCCUACCUGUCGGAGGGUCUGCAGAGGGAGCCGCUGGCCCUGAGCCGGGCCGAGUGGUGGGAGAUCCUCUUCUUCAUCAAGAAGCUGGAGCUCAAGCAGCAACAGGAAGUCAACAGCAUCCUGCUGCAGAGCCUGGACGACCAGGAGACGGAGUUGGACGACUUGUCUCUGAUUGGUCUGUCUGUCCCCGGAGACGUGGCAAAGAAGCUGCUUCACUACCUGAAGCAGAAGCUGCCGUCGUCGUGUCUCAGUGACCUGCUGUGUUCACACACCUUCUGCAAACACUACCUGAGGAGAGGAGGAGGAAGUCUGGAGGACGAAGAGCUGCUGGCUGAAGGCUCUCUGGGUUCGUCCAACUUGGCAGGAGGAGGGGGAGGAGGAGGAGGAGGGGGAGGAGGAGGAGGGGGACCAAACUCCUCCUCUUCAUCGUCAGCCUUGGCCUCCUCUUCCUCUGCGUUGGGCUCUGUCUCUAAGAAGGCAAAGAAGGAACUUCCUCCUGACUCAGGCUGUGGCAGCCCGGAGACGGAGAACGAGCUGCCGUCAGAGGACGACAGCAAAUACCCCGAAGACCUGGAGGACAAGAUGAAAGUGUUCAACAACCCGCGGGUCCAGGGGAAGAAGACGGUGCUGGAGAAGCUGGGGGAGGUGGUGGACAUCCUGAAGAAGGGCGGGGCGUCCUCAGACCACGCCCAGCAGCUGGCCGCCGUCCUCUUCAUCACCAGGCUGCUGGAGGAGAAGGGAGCACAGGAGAAGAACUCCAUGAGGAGCGACUCGGCUCAGACCAUACGGGACAAGGUGCUGAAGCUGCUGGUGGAGCUGCUGGGCUCGUCCUCCAAAGACCUGGUGGUCAGCACGCUCAGACUCACCCACCUCCUAAUGCUCAAAUACGAGUGGAGGGUUUCCUUUGCCACCGAGGGCGGAGUCAAAGCUGUCCUGUCCUGCAUGCAAGAGUUCUCCGCCAUCACUCACGUCCAGCAGCUGGCGCUCGCAACUCUGAAGGUCAUCACCGGAGCCAGUAAACACGACCUGCGCAGUGUCGGCAGCAGCCUCCCGCUGUCUGAGUCUGGCACUCAGAUGAUGUUGGAGAUCUUCGCCAGCAUUGGCUCGGCCACGCCCGAAGGCUCCAAGGGCCUGUUGGGAGCUAUCCCCGCUGCCGUUGACCUCAUGCUGCAGACUAAAGGCUGCAUGCUGUCGGUGAGAAAAGGCCUGCUGGUCAUCAUCAUGCUCAUCUCCAACCACAAGAGCCUGGCGGAGCAGCUGGUGGCCGCCGAUGUCACCGCCGUCCUCAAGAAGUGUCUGACUCUGUCCAGAGCUGAGACCAUGCUCGCCAUCAUCGCCCUCAACCACAUCUCCAUGGUGCACAAGCUGGAGAGCAAAGAGAGUCGUGAGCAGCUGGACCUGAAGGACACGGAGCUGCAGAUGUUGGUGGUGAGUCUGAAAGAGCUGACGGCCACUAAGGAGGUGAUCCAGACUCUGGAGCAGCUGCUGUGUGACGACACCUCUCAGCUGGAGGACCAGCGCAGUCAGACCUGUCAUGUGUGUAGACAACUGGCCAUCCAGGUGGCCAGCGAGGACUCGAGCUACAUGCCGGCCCGAGUCUUGGUCCUGGGAGGAGACGACCCGACCAACAUCAACACUGAACUGAAUACGGUGAAUGUGACUCCGUCAGCCAGUCGGGUGGUUCUGCUGGAGAACAUGACCAGGUUCUGGUCCAUCAUCCAGAUCAGGGUCAAGAGAUGUCAGCAGGGAGGUAUCGACACUCGGGUCCACGGUUUCGAGGUUCUGGGUCCGAAGCCAACGUUUUGGCCGGUGUUUAAGGAGCAACUGUGUUGUCGGACCUACCUGUUCUACAGCACCAAGGCUCACACCUGGUGUCAGGAGGUGAUGGAGGACAAGACACAGCUGCUGCAGCUCUUCAACAAACUGAACAGUGCUCUGAGACACGAGCAGAUGUUCGCAGAUCGUUUCCUGCCAGAUGCUGAGGCGGCCGAAGCUCUGGGUCGAACCUGCUGGGAAGCUCUGAUCACCCCCAUUGUCCACAGUAUCACACUGUCAGAAUCCUCUGCAUCCAGCCCUCUGGCCUGGCUGCUCAGUGAGUACCUGGACAACGCUGAGUCAGCACGCCGCUGUAAAAGCCGGGCGGCCAUCUUUAACUCUAGAGUGAGACGCCUCACACACCUGCUGGUCCACGUGGACACCAGCCGACCGGACGGCGAGGAACUCAAACCGCCCGUCAAAUCAAAAGGUCUCAACCGAAGCAAAGAGCUGAAGAACGGGAAGGAGGGUAAAAACAAAGACACCGCUGCCGCCUCUUCGUCGUCAUCCUCCUCCUCAGCCAAGCCUAAAGUGAAGAGCAGCAGCAGCAUUGCAGGCAUCGCCCUCUGUUGGCAGGGAGUGGUACAGCGACAGGUGAAGAAGUUUUUGGAGUCAAGCUGCAGUCUGCCGGACUUUGUGGAGCGUUACCGGACUCUGUACCUGCGGCUGAAGAACGCCAUGGAGGAGCUGUUCGGACAGCAGACCGCCUUUGUCCUCGCCCUCCGACACGGCUUCUCUGCUGCCCUGCUGCAGCUCUCCAUCCUCAAGACCAUGCACGUGAGUGAGCGCUUCGCUCAGUACAUCGACCAGAUGAUCCAGACGAGCGGAGCGGCGUCCAGCAGCGUGGAGACUCUGGAGCGGCUGCAGCAGUUUCUGGAGCCGAUGCUCUUCCUAUCGGGCCUGGAGCUUGCCAACACCUUCGAACACUUUUACAGGUACUACCUGGGUGACCGGCUGCUGGCUCAGGGUAACGUGUGGUUGGAGAGCGCUGUCAUCGAUCAGAUCGGCAGCUGCUUCCCGAGUCGCUUCCCUCAGCAGAUGUUGAAGAACCUGAGUGAGUCCGCUGAGCUGCAGCAAGAGUUCCACCUGUACCGCCUGCAGCAGCUGGACCGAUGCCUGCAAGAGCACGACCAGAUGAUGGAGGAGGAAUGGGUGGAGUCAGAGGAGGAGGCGGAGGUUCAGGUUCUGGUUCUGUCUCCACGCUGCUGGCCCGUGUCCUCACUCUGCUUCCUGGACGAACCCACAAAACAUUUUCCAUCUGAACUCUGCUCCUACCUGAACCAGUUCACCCAGUUCUACACCCACAGUCAGUCCAUGUACGGUCUGAGUCACUCGAAGCCGCGGCGGCUGCAGUGGACGUGGCUCGGUCACGCUGAGCUGCAGCUCGGCUGUUGGACGCUUCACGUGUCGACGCUGCAGAUGUUCAUCCUGCUGCACUUCAACACGCAGCAGGAGGUUCCAGUGGACGCUCUGCUGCAGGCGACGGGCCUGUCAGCCGCCUUCGUGCUGCACGCUCUGCUGCCGCUCAUCAGCGACGACGGACUGCUGACUUGCAGCCGGCCGGAGGAGCCCAGCCAGGGUGUGUUACAGCUGAACCAGCAGGUGGUGUCCCGCAGUCAGGAUGGCAUCCCCAUGUACCUCCAGCUGCUGCCCAGACAGACGUACCUGAACGUGGACGAGGAUGCGGCGGGCACGCUGGAGAGGAAGAGGAACUACAUCUACUGUCUGAUCGUCCACAUCAUGAAGCAGGAGAAGGAGAUGCACAUCGACAACCUCGUCUUCAAGGUUCUGGACUCGUGUCAGAAACAGGAAUCAUCACGCUCUCCGGGCGCCGGGCGGUUCAGCUGCAGCACCAGCGACGUGCUCUCCUGCAUCAUGCACGUCAUCAGCAAAGGCUGCGUCCGACGCAACGAGGACAACCCGCACAUCGUGGAGUUCCUGCCGGAGGACCCGUCCACGCCACAGAAAGGACAGGCCCAGUUCUCCUUCAGCCGGACCGAGGUUAGGAGGGACGCGGCGGACUGCAGGGCCGACAUCAGGUGUGACCUCUGACCUCACACACAGUCUGUUCAUGUCUCAGGGACGCUCAGUCUGGACCUGGACCGAGCCGAGCACCUCCUGGUCCACUGUAAGUGGAAUGUGGACCUGCUGGUGCAGCGUUACACCGACGACCCAGACGCCCUCAUCAUGGCCGCCGGGAUCAAGUCCAGAAACCCGCAGCCGCCGCCGAGCCCCGCCUCCACCUGCCCCGUCUGCCUGAGUCCCCGCCCCCCACCCACAGAGCCCGUUGCCUCACUGAGCUGCCAGCACUACUGCUGCAGGUCGUGCUGGCAGGAGUACCUGACGGCGAGGAUUGAACAGAACCUGGUGAUGAACUGUAACUGUCCAAUCACAGACUGCCAGGCUCAGCCCACCUCACGCUUCUUCCUCAGCAUCCUAACCGAUAAGGACACCAUCGCCAAGUAUGAGAACGCCCUGCUCCGUGGUUACGUGGAGUGCUGCUCUAACCUGACGUGGUGCACCAACCCUCAGGGCUGUGAUCAGAUCCUCUGUAAGGAGAACAUGGGCAGUAUGGGCACCUGCUCCAAGUGCUGCUGGUCCUCCUGCUUCAGCUGCAACUUCCCAGAGGACUUCGCCAUCAACCUGGAGAACAAAGUGUCGUCGAUUAACGAAGCUCUGCAGAUGAAGUCUCUGACCUUCGUCAUCGACGCCUGUAAGGUCCUCGCUCAGGCUCGUAAGGUGCUGGCCUACUCCUGCGUCUACAGCUACUACAACCAGGAGACGGAGAAGAUGGAUGUGAUGGAGCAGCAGACGGAGGCUCUGGACCUGCACACCAAUGCCCUGCAGAUCCUGCUGGAGGAGACUCUGCUGCAGUGCACUGACCUGGCCUCGUGUGUCCGCCUGCUCAAACCAGAACACCUCACCACCGGACUGGAACUGAUCCGACGCAUCCAGGAGCGCCUGCUGGCCAUCCUGCAGCACUCCACCCAGGACUUCAGGGUUGGUUACCAGUCAAAGAGCAGUCAGGAACCAGAAUCCACUCAGAGCUCCAACCUGUCCAACAACACCGACGCCGCCAACAAAGUAUCAAAGUCGGACCGAGCGUCAGACUCCGGAGACUCUGACAACAAUAACUACGCAGGUGAGGAGGGCGGUGAGGAGGCAGAGGACGAGGACGAUGAGUACGAUGAAGAGUAUGUCCCCGAGUGGCACGAGGACUACGAUGAGGACGACAUCGAUGAAGACGACUUCUUCUCCGACGACGACGAGUCGGAGAACCUGGAGAGGGACUUCAGCCCCUUCGACUGAGCUGGACUGAAACCCAGAGAGUCCAGGGACGAGAGCGAGGGCGAGGCGGGCCCCGCCACGGCCCCGCCCCCUCACCUGAGGACACCAGGAGGGACUGGAGAUGAUCAGAGGGAUGUCCUUCUUCACCUGAACUCCCCCCCCGCCACCCCCGCCCGCCUGUCCCAAACACAGCUGCACUCGCUUUUCCACUUCCUGUAUUUCACCUUCUUUGUUUUCAUCAAGGCAAAGUACGGAAGACGACGAGGGACAAAUUAGUUCUGAGGAAGAAAAAAGAGAUGACUUCAAAAAGAGAAAAAAAAAAUCUGAGUUUAGUUUUUAAAUUCUGACGUCAAAGUCACUGCGAGUUGUGUUUGUGUUUAAACACACAGUGUGACACUUGGUUAAAACCAAUCUGAACUAGUUUAAUCGUUAGUCUGAACCAGUAUUUUUACUGGGGAUCCAGAGCGCUGAUUUUGAUUUCAGAGUUUUUAUUUCUGUGUCAGCUGAGUUAGAAACAUUUGAAGAUCCAGAUUUAGUUUGAGAGACUCUGAUUUCAUGAUUUCCUGAUUUGAAACCUCAGAACUGGAUUGUCCUCGCCGUGUCUCCACAGCGACCCCGCCGGGCUCUGGAGCUGAUCCUGGAUCAGUUGGACAUGUUUGUUUCCUGCUGCUUGUUUCAGAGGGUGGUGUUAGUCACGUUCUGCCUUGAGUUCUCUCUCUGACGGACGCUGCCUUCAUUCGACAGUAAAGAAACUCUUCACUUUAGAUUUACUCACAUUAAGUUGUAUUUUUUACAUGUUUGUAGAGCUGGAUGUUUCUAUGCAUCUGAAGAGUCUGAGCGGAGCGUCUGUAGGAGUAUCACUGCAAUAACCCAUCGACCGAUCGAUCAAUUGAUUGAUUGAUGAUUAUUAUUGGCUCACUGUUGCGUCAUUUGCUGAGCAAAGACUCUGUCGGCUGCUCUGUUUCCUGUCGUUAGGGCGAGAGCGGAGGACAUCUGAUGUCCAGCUCCCCGUUCUGCUGUAAUUUUGAGAGCUCCUAUAUUCAUAUUGUUGUCUCUGGUUCCUUCGUUGGAGUCGAGCGACUUCAGCCAGCAACUAAAUAAAAGCUUUUUCUGCUAUGCUGCACCGCGACUCACAUUUCAUUGGAAA